AUGCACAGUGGAUCUAUAUCCCUUCCAUCCAUCCUUCUUAUAGUGGUGCCUGGUUCCUGGUUAAAACACCUAAAAAAACAAUUUUUUUUAAUUACACUUACUUUAAAAUUUUUUAACCCUUAUUUUCAAAAUGCUCCAUACAGAAGAAGAGCUAAGAAAUCUACUAAAUGA